ACAUUUUACACUCGCCCGAUAAGGCAGACUAUCCGUUAAGGCAGUUGUUUACAUUCGAACAUUUCUCUAAUUCUGAACUAAAGGACUGUUUAAUCACCGGGAAAAAAAUUCACUAAUUAAUCAAAGAUUGACUGUGCUCACACUCGAAGUGAUUUGUUUACGAUCGCACGAUCUAUUUGGCGGAAAUCAUAGAUUCAUUAUUGGCGACCCUUAACCAGGUGUCGUUAACAGGUAAGCGAAGCAAAGAUGACGUCGAUGAGAUCGGCGAAGGAGUACCGGUCAUUCCGACGGCCUCCUGAACGUCUCCCAGCCGCAAACGAAAUGACGGGCUCCCUGACCCACAUCCACAACCGCCACUUCAAGAUCACGAAGAGGGACCGCUACCACACAUUGGCGCGAAUCCGCGGCGAAGUUGUUCCUCAGGACAUGGACAUCGUAGAUGGCGGGGACUCCCUGAAAGUGACCUCGAUCAACCAGAGGUCCGCUACGUGGUGGCUGAGUACCCUGAAAGCCAACUACCCGCAGGACACGUGCCACAUGGAAAGGGAAAAGGUCAAGAUGAAACCGGAGACUGGGCUGACGCUGAGUGUCAAUCAGAAGGAUGGCACCCUGAAGAUUAAGGGCAAGAAACACUGGGAUUGGUUUGCCGACAACUUCGAGCGCAUCAUGGCGAAUGCUGAGCCUGACAUGGAAGCAAUUGCGACCCUGAAUUCCAUAUUGAAUAGAGCACUCAGGAUUGACGACGGUCUUGAGACUGCCGCCAUAUUGAAAGACUUACCCAGGGCUGGUUCGAUUAGAAGCGGGGCCCGCUACAUCUACCGACUUUGGAAGGGCAUGCUGGACAAGUGGAUGGAUUCAGGGGCCAGGGUAGUCGUAGCCUCCCCAAGCAUCGAUGCACGGAGACUAGCGGACAUUUACUUGCUUGCCAUUAAAAACAAAGGUCGUGGAUUUCAGGUGCGAAUAUGCACACAGCCAAAAACAAUGGGGAAAAAGUUCGACGAGAAUCAAAAAGAGGCGCGAGAAAUGGUGAGAAAGUUGAAAAAAUUGGACGGCAAGAAACAAUUGUUUUCACGGGAGAUAAUAGACUGGGCGUUAGACACAGUGCACGUGCAGUUCUUGUCUUUUCAUUGUAAUUUUAUAAGCGGUGCAAUGUCGGAGGAACGCAACGAAAUUAUUAUCACAAGUGCUAAUUUUAAUGGUCUAUAUUUUGAAGUCGAUGCCCGCGACAGCGUGAACUAUGCCAAGAUGACCGAGUUGGGUUUGAACCAGUUCUACUUGGAGCCACUCGGUAUUGCCCAGCCGUCAGCUCGGGGCCGAGACCGCCAUGGCAGCACUAUAUCUUUGCCCUUCAUCUCCGACGCCAUGCCCUCUGCAAGUGCCAUCUCGUACGGAGCAUCCCACUCCCCGAAUGGAAGGGUGUACCAGUACGACGACGUGUCGCAGCAUUCCAUAAGCAGCUCGCAGCGCUCUCGUCCAAGUUCUUCUCGCCACAGCGAUAUCAGCGAGGAGAGCGCGUGAUUGGUAGAUGUCGUCCUUACGUCAUGAUGUUUAGGAUGCUGAUUGGUCAAAAGUUGUUAUGUCAUGUCAUGUGCAAUGUGUGAUUGUUUGAUUCGCGAACUGUGAUUUGUGGAUAGUUUAUUGGUGCAGACUAUUGUUUUGUGAAAGUAGUCAGAUGAUUUUUUUCAACAUUAUGUUGUUUUUAUCUAAGUGACGUCUGCUGUCACAACAGGAAUCAGAAUCCCCUAGAAAAGUGUUCCUUAAGUCCGCAGAGAUAAGAUCGCACUAGAGAAUCUUUCCAUCUUCCCUAAAGAUAUUCAUCACACCAGUGUGAAUGACAACUAUGUCACCAACGUUAGGUUGUAGUAAGCAGGAGUGGUAGGCAAGUCUGUACUUAAAGCCGUGAUAAACCUGACUAAAAUCCGUACUCGAACAAUGGUUAUGCGUACCAAUUUUGCACCCCCGGGUGCCCUACGUCUCCUGCCAGGUAGGAAACUUUUUCAAUGCUAUUGUGCAUUGUUUCCUUGGACCAAUACGUAUAUGGAAAUACAGAAAGAUAUACAUGUACUUUGAUGUUCAAUUAGAAAUUUGAUUUGUCCCCCAAUUGGACGGCGCUUGAUGAUAACCAGAGGCAAUGUUCACUUUAAAUAUGUUGGAACACGCAAAUACGCUUUAUAUUAUACAUGUAGCUCAAAUCAUAUUUUCAAAUGUAGGCCGCCUUUGAUUCUAUAAAUGUGACCGUUGUGGCUGUUUCUAACACCGUAGUUUUAAAAAUAAAUGUAUCAUUUAUUAGAUCGUGUAUAGUUGAGUAUGUACAUGUAUUUUAGCAAUGCAAUUUAAUUGCAAGUUUCAAUGUGUUUUCAGCUGAUUUGUAGAAUGUAGAUUUUUUAAGAGGACAUUUAGUAAUAUAUAUUUCACUACAUAUUUCAUUUAGUUUUGGAUAUAUUGUAUUUAGCAGCAUUCCAUGCAUUGUUCAGCCCUGCACCCAUAUUAUACAUACGCUGGUUUCAGUUAGUGUCCAUCUUGUUGGAGAACGCAUAUAUGUAGGGAAAAGCGCAGGGCACCUAUUCUAAAUGAUCAUGUUUGAAAAUGUGAUUAUUUUCGACAUAUAAUAAAUCCAGCCUGAUGUCUCUGACUAUUUUUAACAAACAGAGCACAUUUCUACAAAUUUAGUACUUUAGCAAAAUGUAGGUGUAUACAUGUACCUACAUGUACGGCACACUAAUGAUUUAUACCAAUAAAAAGUUUUUUCUUCGUUGCACUACCCGAUACACACUAGCCUAGUGCAUGUAUUGGAAAUCACUACAAAACCCAAAAAGAGAAAUUUGCAUGUUCGACGUAUGAUAAUCUUCACUAAGGAAACACGCUGAUGUUUCACAUACACAAAUGUCUUUUCAAUAGCAAACGAAGUAAGCAUAGAGUCCAGGGAGUUGGUGUAGCCUGCAACAGGUCAUAUUCCACGUUUUUACCUGUACCGUGACUAUACAUCAUGUAUGUUGCAUGCUUUUUAACCGAAAAUAAACAAUUUUAUGUCUUAA